UUUACAUUUGUUAUAGUUGUAUGAAAACCUACCGAUCAACUCGCCUCUUUGCGUCGCACAGUUCAGCUGUUGUCAGUUUCUCUGUUGGAGUGAAAUCCUUCACUGUAGAGUGAUGGACAAGGAACGGAGAGCCUCAAACCAGUACGGCUCUCUGGAAUGCACUAAAUGGAAUACGGACACCGAAAAAGUGACCGGCGACAAAACAGAGGAGGACGUGGUGUCCAUGGCAGACUCCACCAUCACUAUAGAUGACAUCGAGGGCGAGCUCUUUAAAAUCGAGCGCAUCCGUGAGGCGUUAGUGAGACGCGAGUCGGAGCUGAGAUACAUGAUGGAUGACAUUCAGCUCUGUAAGGAGAUCACCCGGCUGAAGAAGGAACUCCAGAAGCUGGUGUCCGUUCCAGAUAAUGACAAAUCAAAUGAAGACAAACAGAAGGAAGAGGAGCUGCUCCUACAAAUCCACAAGCUGGUGGAGGCCAGGGACUUCCUGGUGGACGACGUGGAGUUUGAAAGACUGAGGGAACGCGAGGAAGACAAAGAAAUGGCUGAUUUCCUGCAGUCAAAGUUACCCAAGAGCUCCAAGAACAGAGAUCCGUUGUCCAACCGCAGACUGGCCUCUCGGGCCCAGCGGGCCUCGUCCUCCCCGUUCGUCACCAAGACGGGGCUGACCCUGCUGAAGGAGUGCUGCGGCUUCACCUGCUCCGUCAUGUAGGGGGCGCCGUGGCGCCCGCUGCUCCCGGGGGACGCCAGAGGCAUCACGGGCACGAGGUGCCACCUCAGACCCACUGGCUGAUUGUGCCACCGCAGCACUCUGUGAGCAUGCCACUAGUGCUGCCUGUUGAGCGCACAGGGACUGUUUCCCUUGAGACUCGUCUUUGUGUUUGUACUGUCUCUCUCUCUUCCUCCCUCCCUCUCUUGCUCUGUCUUUCUUCAUCUCUCUCUCUUUCUCCCUCUCUCUUUCUUCAUUUCUCUCUCUCUCCCUCGCUCUCUCCCCUCUGUAUCUGCACAUCUAUUUGCUGUUCAUUUCCUCCAGUGGAUUCAGCUGUCAGACACUCUGCUGACGCUGCUUUCAUCCUCGUCCCCCCGCUCUCAUUUCCCAGAAGGCAUUGCAGCAGUCGGUUGCGUCUCUGUUGUUCUGGCUUCUGUCGUUUGUCAUUUUUAGAGACUCUCUGGUGGUGGCCUCUCCUCAAGAUGCUCAUACAGUACAUGCACAAACAUAUCCAGGCACUGCUGCUGUAAAUAAUAGUCCUUAUCGCCUCCAGGAUUAUUUGUCAUUCCAAUAACUCACUUUGGUGGCCAUUAAAAGAAACCAGGAACCAGACUAAUGAUUAUGCAGAGAGCAUUACUGUCUUCAUUUAGCACAAAUCAGUGACUGCGCUGUGGUGUUGACCUGACGUGACUGCCACCGUAGCUCCUCUCUCUGCUACACUUGGUCCUCAUUAACAAGCAGCAACAGC